GUCGUACUUUGUUUUCUCUUGUUGCCUCACUACCGGUCCCCGCCCUCCAGCUGCGUGGGAAAGCCGCGCGUGAACCGCGGCCCCGCCCACCCGUGAGAACCUCGGGGGAAAGGAAGUGCGUGUUUGCCAGAGUUCCUGGUUCAGAGCGGGAGGCCGAUUAAACCGUUGAACGGUUUUGUCGUUCCCGACUGCCUUCCUUUUUCCCCCGCACCCAGGCGGAGCAUGGGCUUAGAAGGCAGGGGUUCGCCUCGUCCUGAGCGUGCAGCUAGGGCUGGCUGCCAACUUGGGCCGAGGCAGACCGGGCUGGAGGGGGCUUCGCGGCGAAGCCGGCGCCUGAUGUCUCAGUUCGCCAUGCCCUCCACAUCUGACGUGUUGCGUCCAGAUGAACUGCGAAAAAAGCUAUACCAGACGUUUAAGGAUCGGGGUAUACUGGACACACUCAAGACACAACUCCGGAAGCAGCUGAUUCAGGAAUUGAUGCACUCUGUCGUGAACAGAGAGGUGCAGCCCCAGUCCGUUCCAGUGGAAGGGAGUGCCCUCCUGAUAGGCACCUCUAACUCUCUGGUGGCAGAUCACUUGAAGAGAUGUGGCUAUGAGUAUUCGCUUUCUGUUUUCUUUUCGGAAACUGGUGUGGCCAAAGAAAAGGUAUUUACUAUGCAAGAUCUAUUAGAACUCCUCAAAAUCAACCCUGAAUCCGGUCUCUACAAAUCACUGAUGUCAGGAUUUGAUAACAAAAACAAAAAAGGUUUUCUCAUGGAGUUUUUAAAAGAAGUGGCAGAGUAUCGUCAGUCCAGAGCGAGCUGUGAUGUGGGAACUCAGACAAGUUCCACAUUGCCUGGCCAAGACUCACUUGUGGAGAAGCUUCAGCUUAUUGAUGAUCAGUUUGCAGGUGCUUACCCUCAGCGUCCAAAGUUAGAAUCCUUAGAAGUAAAGUUAAAUGAAUAUAAAAGAGAAAUAGAACAGCAGCUUCGGGCAGAAAUGUGUCAAAAGUUAAAGUAUUUUAAAGAUACUGAAGUAGCAAAAGUUAAGAUGGAAGAGAAAAGAAAGUCUGAGAGGGAAUUGGCUGAGUUCCGGAACGAAUUGGAGAGAGCUUGUCGAGCAAAAUCUGACGCCCUUAUUUCUCGGGAGAAGUUGGCUUUUGAGAGAAUUCAGAAGCACCAAGAGAUUGAAACCAAGGAGAUUUAUGCUCAGAGACAACUUCUCCUCAAAGAUAUAGACGUGCUAAGAGGCAGAGAAGCAGAGCUGAAACAAGGAAUGGAAGCUUUUGAAUUGGCUCAGCGGCUACAAGAAGAAAAAAAUAAAAGAGCAACCGAUGCACUUAGGAAACGGGAGCUGAAUGUCCAGAGUAUUGAGGAGACCUAUGACCAGAAGCUCAAGAAUGAGCUGCUCAAGUAUCAACUUGAAUUCCAGGACAACUAUAUCGCUAGAACUCACAGGCUGAUAGAAGAUGAAAGGAAGAAUAAAGAAAAAGCUAUACAUUUGCAAGAGGAGCUCACAGCUAUUAAUGCGAAAAAGGAAGAAUUUGGUCAUUCUGUAAAACGUGUCAAAGAGCUCGAGCUUGAGUUAGAGUCGGUCAGAACCCAGUCUUUGGCGAUAAGCAAGCAAAACCACCUGCUGAGAGAAAAGGUGAAAGAAAUGAGUGACUAUUCGCUACUGAAACAAGGGAAACAGGAGCUUCAGGCGCAAAAUCAAUUACUUAAACAACAGCUGGAAGAGACCAGAAGUGAGAACUUGCGUCUUCUAAACCACCUGGCUCAGCCUUCUCCAGAGCUGGUGGCUUUUCAGAAAGAACUAAAGAAAGCAGAGAACGCUAUCGUGUGUGAGCAUAAGGAGUUCGAGAUCCACAGGCAGAACCUGCAGAAGCAGCUGCAAAGUGAAAUUGAACGUUCUGCACAGCUGAAGGCCCAGAUCCUUGAUUACGAAGAUUGCAUAAAGAGAUUAAUGAGACAGGUGGAUGAUUUGAAAUUGCAACUGAAACAAACUCAGACGGCCCUAGAGAACGAGGUGUACCGCCACCCAAAGAAUUCUCUGCUCGAUCGGCCCAUCAGCGGAUUAAUGGGUGGCGACGUGGUGGUACCUCACAAUGGUGACCUGAACGGGGAUUUCUUGAAAGAUGCUUUCGGACUGGAAAGGCUGACGGCAGGCAUGCUUCUGUCAAGGAUCGCAAGUGACCCAAGUGCGAGCACCGGGAGUAGUUCCCCCGAUUCUGACCUGGAGUUUGUAGCCAAGACCAAGGCAAGGGUGAAAGAGCUAGAGGAUGAGGCCGAGCGUUUGGAGAAAGCUUUCCGAACUUACCAUCCAAGAGUUCAUCCACGCCCCACGGGAAGGUCUUCAGCCAAGAGCCCGCCACCCCUGCACGCGACAGGAACGCCCAAAAAGGCCACUUCCGGUUCCCCUGGAAGACGUACUUCCGCAGAGGACGCGGCUGUCCCUGAGCAGCCUCUGGCACGCACACCCGAGGAGGACAGGAGCAGCGCUUCGGCUUCUGAGGCGCGGCCGUGCGAGGGCAUGCCCUCCAGACGCCUCUCCUCCACUCCGCUGCCAAAGGCCGAAAGCAGCCUCCUUGCUAAAGUGUAUCUGGAAGGUGGGGACAGAUCCGGUGCUGCUGGCUGCAGUCCUGGUCCUGAGACAACGCCCCAGCCAUCACCCUCUGAGUCCGGGCACAGCCCUUCCCUCCACCUGCUGCCCAGCCCUCCGGAGCAGGCCAGUCUUCAUCAAAGACAGACAGAACUUGAAGAACAAGGAGAACUUUCAGAUCCAGACAAGCUACCUUUUAAGGACAAUGAGGAAUUUGGAUCAUCUUUUGAAUAUGCAGGGAGCACGCCGAGGCAGUUUGAGGUGGACGGCCUCCAUCCUGCUGGCGACGUGCCUCAUGUGGGUGCUGCCGCCACCACGGUGUCUGCCGGACCUCUCGCUUGUUGCCACCCCGGGAAGCUGAUGACAUUGGAGGAGAACUGGGUGUCAGACUUGUCUGGCCUGGCCCACCUGGUCUUUCCUCUUCCCUUCUCCAGACUGCCUGCUUCCCUCCCCAGUGGAGACAUUUGAGCUCUGCCCCAGGGCUCAGCCAACAGGCGUGUCCUUUUCUCCUUGAACCAGAGUGUUUUAGCCUCAGAGGUGAAAGGAAAUGCCUCAAGUAAAACCACCUGUAGGUCCUUCCCAAACAUUGGCAGAGCAUCAUCCCUAAAACCCAUGGGAUGCUUCUUGAAACCGGUUUGUUGGUUUCAGGCGCAGUUGGGAAUAUGAGGAAUCACUGAAAGGAGCAAGAGGGUUGGUUUUUGCUGAUUCCAGAGCAAGUCAUUUCUGGAAAGUGCUCACUCAGACUCCAUCAAGAGCCUUUUGCAUAUUGGAUGCUUUUCUGGAAGCUGCCCCUGCUUCAUGCAGCUUCUAGCAGGACAGUCAGCAGGCCAUGGCUGAUGGCAUCCGAUAGGACAGCUGAUGGGGGCACUGGUGCCCUAGAGCAGCUCUGAUGGGCAGACACUGGAGUGAAUAGGGAAUAGAAAUAAUGCAAUAGAAUAAAGGACACGACCUGAGUUGACAGGCCUUCUGUUUCUGACAAGUACAGUACAUUAUAAUAAACGGCUUCUUAAAUUACUAUUAAGCGGUAGGGUUACAUUCUGAUCGUUGAGGAACUCUCAGAUCUGUUGUUUCACGUCUUUGGGCGCCGAGGGAGGUAAAGCCUAAAACUUGCUAUCUUUGUGCCAGUGGAAACCGUGCUUUUCUUCGCUCUUCCAUCCGAAGAGGUUUCCCUCUGCCACUCUGGAGCCACCAAGUACACCUCGCAGCGAAGGAGCCCUUUCCUCAUUGUCUCUUGAAAUCUUCCCCCAAACGGCAUCCUCGCCCUGAGGUCGCCGCUCC